UGGUUCUCAAUCAGCAUUAUGAAAAUGAUAAUGUCGAUUGUUGACGAACCAGCGAACUGCAGCAGGUGCAUCACAAUUCACAAGGCAAAAAGUGCAUCGACUUCGAAAACUCAUACAUUAAAGAUGCAGGUUACAGAUGUUGUAACAUUUUUGAUACACAAGGAGAAAUAAAAUGGAUCCAAGGGGCCCUCCUGAGGGGGCCCCUACUAAUUCCUUUGAGAUAAAUAAUAUCGAUAAAGUGUCUAACAAUUUAGUAAAUUGGUCUACAGAUCAUUCUUUCUCUUCAUCAAUGUGCGAACAACAAAAAAAAAUGAAUAAUAAUAAACUGUUAUUUUUAACUGUGGAAUAUGUGGAAGAUCCAUCACGAGAAUAUUCCCGUUUAUUUCCAACAUAUGAACAAGUUUCCUUCUCUCCUAGACCGUCGUCUCCACUUUCAGAUUUUGAACAUCGUGUUAGUCCUCUUGACCCCAAUAUGAGUUCAGCUGCUAGAUAUUCACCUACUCCUGUACAACUUCCACCAUCUCCUUUUCAUAAUUCUGUUGUUGUAUUACAAGAUUCUUCUUCUCCUUUAAUAUCCUCAACUGAAUCAAAUGAAAGAACAAAUGUUAAUUAUGUUUCUCAAUUAACGCAUCCAAUUGAUACACAAAGUGUACAGCAGUCAGAUAGUUCUACUGACUAUGUUGCUAAUGAAAAUGAGGAACAACUAGUGUCUAGUGUUGGCAGUGAGUUGAUUCUUAUGCAAGAAACGAAUUCCGGGCUAGAAUCAGCAACAGCUCCAUUAAUGCUAACAGGAAUGCCAAGUACAGAUUUUACAUUAAGUAGAGAUUUUCUUGUUAUGCAAGAUGACCAAAUGAAUGUUAUAAAUUCAUUUAAAACACAAAACCUUGAUGUAGAUGAUUCUACACAUCUUUCAUCAAAUGCAGAAAAUUCAAAUAAAGAAAAUAAUGCAGAUUCUUCGGCUGCAUCUAAUGAACGGGAAAUUAAUGAAAUUUUAAUACCUACUGAAGAAAAAAAAGAUUGUGAAAAAAAGAAUGUGAGACGUUCGAAACGUCGUAUAAAUGAUAAAAAGAAUUUAUGUUGUGACGAAUGUGAUGAUGUGUGUACUGGUGAUAAUUGCACUUCACAUAAUGUAUGUACAAUAGCAGAUCAACCAGUACCAUCUCGUGCUAUAGCAACACUGCCAGGAUCAUACCUUUCUAUAAACAAAUUAUCCAAUUCUGAAAUUAUAUCUGGUGGAUCAGAUUAUGGAGUGUUUGCAAAACGUUAUAUACAAAAACGUACUCAAUUUGGACCUAUAGAAGGUGUCUUAUAUCCUUAUGAUGGUACACCAUUUAGAGAUGAAUUGCCAUUGCUCUAUGAAACUGAAAAUAAAGAAUUUUUAAAAGUAGAUGUUUCAAAUGAAAAUGCUUCAAAUUGGAUGCGUUUUGUUAGACCUGCAUUAACUUAUAAAGAUCAAAAUUUGGUAAUUUGUCAACAACGUGAUGGAAUAGUAUUUUUGACUACAAGAAGUAUUUUACCAAAGGAAGAAUUGAAAGCUGGUCCUAGUACUGACUAUGCAAUACGUAGAAAUUUAAUACCACUCAAAUCUACACAAGAAACGAAGGAUGAUAAAGAGCACAAAAAUCAGAUAUCUAGUUGGUCACGGCUAGAUGAUAAUCAUUCCCGGCGUAUGAAAGUAUUUCGCGGAAGAAAUUUGAAAGAGAAAGAAAAUUCAAGACAAAAUAAUUCUAAGGAAUGGAAAUGUUCUGUUUGUGGUCUAAUUUUUCGAAAAUCACUCUUGCUUAACUUACACUCUCUUGUUCAUGGUUCUGAUAAAAUAAAAACUAAAAUUCAAUCUACAGUUUGUCCGCAAUGUGGACUGCAAUUUCAAAAACAAAAAGAAUUGAUCAAUCAUAUUUCACAACAUGGGAGAUUAUCUUUGAAAAAAGCAAAAAGAUUGACUUCUUUGUCUACAUAUAAGUGUUCAAUGUGCUAUAAACGUUUUGCGACAAAAGUACGUUUACAGCAGCACUGCUUAGUGCAUGGUGCUGAAGACCAAAAACCACUGCCAUGUAAUAUUUGCUUUAAAAGGUUCAUGAAUAAUUCAGCACUCUCUUGUCACUUGAAAACACAUAGAGAAAAUAAACAAGUAUUCGAGUGUCCAAUGUGCCGACAACUAUUUAAUCAAAGCAUAACGUUAAAAGAUCAUAUUGAAACUCAUAAAAAUGAAGAUGGCACAUUUAGCUGUCCUUACUGCCAAAGAAUAUUUAUCAAAUAUUCAGUUAUUCGUAAACAUAUUAGAGCACAUCAUUGUGAAAGAAAACACAAAUGUCAAAUUUGUGCAAAACGAUUUGCUACAGUAGAUAAAUUACAGAUGCAUCUGCUGAAACAUUCCGAUCAUAGAGAAUUUCACUGUGCAAAUUGUGGUAAACAAUUUAAGAGAAAAGACAAAUUAAAAGAACAUAUGACUAAAUUACAUAAUUCACAGACAGCCACUGAAGAACAAAUGUCGCAAAUUACACAAACUAAAAAAUUUGUUCCAAAGGUAAACCCUAAUGAUUACAAUCGUUUCAUUUAUAAAUGUCACCAAUGUUUAACGGGUUUUAAACGAAGAGGAAUGCUUGUAAAUCAUUUGGCAAAAAGACAUCCAGAUGUUGCGCCAGAAUCUGUACCAGAGUUAAACUUACCAAUUUUACGUCAAACGAGAGAUUAUUAUUGUCAAUAUUGCGAUAAGGUCUAUAAAAGCAGCAGUAAACGUAAAGCACAUAUCAUGAAAAAUCAUCCAGGAGCUGCUUUACCGCCGAGCAACCGACAAAAGGAGUCAGAUUACUCCGAUUUACCGAAUCCAACAUUUAGUCAAACUGUCGGUAGCAUUACUACUACACCACAGGGUUGUCAAUGGUGUCACAAACAAUAUGCUAGUAAAGCAAAACUUUUACAACAUCAACGAAAGAAGCACUCAAAUUUAAUGGAACCGGCUGAUCAAGUACCGCGUUCACGUAAUCGACAGCCACAGAAUCAAAAUCAGCCCCCAGUACUUAUUGAAGAUCACUUUGUAUUGUCCGAUUAUAUUCAGACGUGUGAAACAAAUUCAGAUUUUUUUAAACCAAGAAUAAUCAAAAUAUCUGAUGAUGUUGAUCUAAUAGGCAAUGGAUUAGAGAUAGUUGGGCAACAAUUUGUUCGUAUGCGUGACAUACGCUGAAAAGAUCUGUGGCAACCUCGAUGAGAGGUUUUGUCAAUUUAAUGAGAUAUGAAUCUCAUGAGUUUGUGCACAGUAAAGAAACACUGUGUUUUUUGCUGCUGUUGCCAAAUAAGGGCAUUGAUGCCCAGGAGGAUUAAUUGAUUCUCCGCUGGAAAGUAUUUGGAGCACAGCUUGGUUAGCGUUGGUGCGAAACACUGAACGCUAUUUUGUUGAUUGUAUGGUUGACAAUGAUGUCAUGACCGUAAUUCGGUCGUAAUUUUGAAUAAAUUUGUUGAAACGGA